CCCGCCUCCAAAGCUAACGGACUGGAGGGAAAGAGGCUGAAUGCACACUCCUACUCUGGCCCCACUUAAGGCUGCCAUGGGGCCCAGCACUCCUCUGCUCCUUGUCGUCUUUUUGUCAUGGACGGGACCCCUUCAGGGACAGCAGCACCACCUUGUGGAGUACAUGGAACGCCGAUUAGCUGCCUUAGAGGAACGGCUGGCCCAGUGCCAGGACCAGAGUAGUCGGCAUGCUGCUGAGCUGCGGGACUUCAAGAACAAGAUGCUGCCUCUGCUGGAGGUGGCAGAGAAGGAGCGGGAAGCACUCAGAACUGAGGCAGACACCAUCUCAGGGAGAGUGGAGUGGCUUGAACGGGAAGUGGACUAUCUGGAGACCCAGAACCCAGCUUUGCCCUGUGUGGAGUUGGAUGAGAAGGUGACUGGAGGCCCUGGGGUCAAAGGCAAGGGCCGAAGAAAUGAGAAGUACGAUAUGGUGACAGACUGUGGCUACACAAUCUCUCAGGUGAGGUCAAUGAAGAUUCUGAAGCGGUUUGGUGGCCCGUCUGGUCUAUGGACCAAGGAUCCACUGGGGCCAGCAGAGAAGAUCUACGUGUUAGAUGGCACACAGAACGACACAGCUUUCGUCUUCCCAAGGCUGCGUGAUUUCACCCUUGCGAUGGCUGCCCGGAAAGCUUCCCGAAUUCGGGUGCCCUUCCCCUGGGUAGGCACAGGGCAGCUGGUAUAUGGUGGCUUCUUGUAUUAUGCUCGAAGGCCUCCUGGAGGACCUGGAGGGGGUGGCGAGUUGGAGAAUACUCUUCAGCUGAUCAAAUUUCACCUGACAAACCGAACAGUGGUGGACAGCUCAGUGUUCCCUGCGGAGAAGUUGAUACCCCCCUACGGGCUGACAGUAGACACAUAUAUUGACCUGGCAGCUGAUGAGGAGGGCCUUUGGGCUGUCUAUGCCACUCAGGACGAUGACAGGCAUUUGUGUCUAGCCAAGUUAGAUCCACAGACGCUUGACACAGAGCAGCAGUGGGACACACCAUGUCCCAGAGAGAAUGCAGAGGCUGCCUUUGUCAUCUGUGGGACCCUAUAUGUUGUCUAUAACACCCGCCCUGCCAGUAGGGCCCGUAUUCAGUGUUCCUUUGAUGCCAGUGGUACUCUGGCCCCAGAACGGGCAGCACUCUCUUAUUUUCCACGACGAUAUGGUGCCCAUGCCAGCCUCCGCUAUAACCCCCGUGAGCGCCAGCUGUAUGCCUGGGAUGAUGGCUACCAGAUUGUCUACAAGCUGGAGAUGAGGAAGAAAGAGGAGGAAAUGUAAGCAACUGGUGCUUUUGAUUCUCUUAUCCCCUCACAUUUAUAUUCUUAUUGGGUCUGCUGUUCAUUCUUCACAUGAAGGCCAGUGGUGGCUCAUAUCCCUUAAUUUUUAAAUGAUAGCCAAAUUCUCAUAGCCCUUUUAUUUUAUGCAGAUUGGAAGGAAUUUUUUAAUAACUAAAACAGCAAACAUCCUACAUCUUCACUCCUGCUCUCUCCUGCUCUGUGCCCACAAAUUUUAGUCCCAAACCCAGAGCCCUGACCUUUGGAUAGGUCAACCCCAGACAGCAGUGUGACCCAAGGAAGAGAAGAAGUCACAGAGACAUCUCUGCCCUCUUUCAUUCACUCCUCCAAUGUGGGGAAGAAUGGGUUUUCCCCCACAUCGCUUUGUAUGGCAACAUUUUACAUUAAAAGGAAAACCUAC